CUGCAGCAGCUUCUAGAAGAACAUAAGAAGAGUGUGAGGAGCAGAUGUGAACGUGUGACUGAAGGAAGUGAUGAAGCAGGAGGAGGAAGCCUCCUCAACAGGAUCUACACUGAGCUCCACAUCACAGAGGGACUCAGUGAGGAGCUUCAGAGGGAACCUGAGCUGCAGCAGCUGGAGACAGCUUCCAGGAAGGAGAGCCUCCAUCACACUGCCAUCAGGUGUCAGCACAUCUUCAAAGCCUCGGCCCAGCAGCACACACACAUCCGAGUGGUUGUGACCAGCGGCGUGGCCGGCAGCGGAAAAACCUUCUCGGUGCACAAGUUCAGUCUGGACUGGGCCGAGGGCCUGGAGAACCAGGAUGUGGGGGUGCUGGUGGUGCUCUCCUUCAGGGAGCUGAACCUGCUGGGAGAGCGGCCGUACAGCCUCCUCUCGCUGCUGGCUGUUUUCCAUCCCACGCUCCAGAAGCUGACGGCAGAGGAGCUGGCCGUCUGCAAGCUGCUCUUCAUCUUUGACGGCCUGGAUGAAAGCAGACUUUCUCUGGACUUCAGCGGCGGCCGGCGGCUGCUGGACGUCUCCCAGCAGUCUUCAGUCAGCCUGCUGCUCACUAACCUCAUCCGGGGGGAUCUGCUGCCCUCGGCUCGGGUCUGGAUCACUUCCCGACCGGCGGCGGCCCAUCAGAUCCCUCCAACAUGUGUGGACAGACUGACAGAAGUGCGAGGCUUCACUGACGCCCAGAAGGAGGAGUACUUCAGGAGGAGGCUGAGUGAUGAGGAGCUGAGCAGCAGAGUCAUCUCCCACAUCCAGACCUCCAGGAGCCUCCACAUCAUGUGUGGAAUCCCAGUCUUCUGCUGGAUCACUGCUACAGUUCUGGAGCACAUGUUGAGCAGCGAGCAGAGAGGAGAGCUGCCCCAGACCCUGACUGACAUGUACUCCCACUUUGUGCUGGUUCAGACACACAGGAAGAAGCUCAAGUACCAUGAAGGACCUGAGACGGGUCCACAGGAGCUGACGGAGGCUGACAGGGAGCUUCUUCUGAAGCUGGGCAGGAUGGCCUUGGAACAUCUGGACAAAGGAAACAUCCUGUUCUACCAUGAAGACCUGGAGCAGUGUGGUCUGGAUGUGACUGAGGCCUCGCUGUACUCUGGAAUCUGUACUCAGAUCUUCAAGAGAGAGUCUGUGAUCUUCCAGAAAGCGGUCUACAGCUUCGUCCAUCUGACUGUUCAGGAGUUUCUGGCUGCAGUCUUCAUGUUCCACUGUUUCACCAACAGGAAGACAGACGAGCUGAAGACCUUCAUCAGAGAACAUGACACUUUACCGUCUCUGGAUGCCUUCCUGAAGCUCGUCCUACAGAAAUCCCUCAGAAGUCAGAACGGCCACCUGGACCUGUUUGUCCGCUUCCUUCAUGGCCUCUCUCUGGAAUCCAACCAGAGACUCUUAGAAGGUCUGCUGGGUCAUAUAAAGGUCAAUGUCUGGACGAUCCAGAGUGUCAUCCAGAACCUGAAGGAAAUCAACAGUGAGGAAGUGUCUCCUGACAGAAGCAUCAACAUCUUCCACUGUCUGACGGAGAUGAAGGACCUCUCAGUCCAUCAGGACAUCCAAGAGUUCCUGAAGUCAGAGAACAGAUCAGAGAAGGAACUCUCUGAGAUCCACUGCUCAGCUCUGGCCUACAUGCUGCAGAUGUCAGACCAGGUCCUGGAGGAGUUGGACCUGAAGGAAUACAAGACAUCAGAGGAGGGACGAUGGAGACUGAUCUCAGCUGUGAAGAACUGCAGGAAGGACCUCCUAAAUCCCAUCGCCACGUCUUCCGUAGAGGAGAAGCAGAGGCUGAGCUCCCAGAGACUCUCUGAUCCUCACUGUGAAGUGAUCUCCUCAGCUCUGACCUCUGACCCCUCCCAUCUGAAACAUCUGGACCUGAGUUACAAUGACCUGCACCUCCAGGAUUCAUCAGUGAAGAUUGUGUGUUCUGGGCUGGAGAGUCCAAACUGUAACCUGGAGACUCUGAGGUUGGAAUGCUGCAGUUUGUCAGAGAUCAGCUGUUCUUCUGUGGCCUCAGCUCUGAAGUCCAACCCCUCCCUCCAGAAACAUUUGGAACAUCUGGACCUGAAUUUUAACCAGUUGCAAGAUUCAGGAGUUUCUCAGCUGUGUGGUUUUCUGCAUAGUCCACUCUGUCGUCUGCGGACUCUGAGGUUGAGGGGCUGCAGUUUGUCAGAGAUCAGCUGUUCUUCUCUGGCCUCAGCUCUGAAGUCCAACCCCUCCCUCCAGAAACAUCUGGAACAUCUGGACCUGAGUGAGAACCCUCUGCAGGAUUCAGGAGUUUCUCAGCUGUGUGGUUUUCUGCAGAGUCCACUCUGUGGUCUGCAGACUCUGAGGUUGGAGGACUGCAGUUUGUCAAAGAUGAGCUGUUCUUCUCUGGCCUCAGCUCUGAAGUCCAACCCCUCCCACCUGAAGGAGCUGGACCUGAGGGUCAACCAGCUGCGGUCUCCAGAUGUGCAGCAGCUGGUUGCUCUCCAGCAGAGUCCAGACUGCAGCCUGCAG